AACGGAAUGUAGCUGGGCAACGGGCACUUCCGCCUUGUUCGUUGAUUACCUACGGCGGUUUUACGCAGUCAGAUGGCAAAUGGACGACUGAGCGUGCGCGGAUUACGUAUGAGGGUCGCGUAGCGUCCGCGACAGGAAAAGUCACACAGCAGGCGGCAGUCACGAGCAGCGUUCUCAUUAUCAGGAUACCUGCAAACUACAUAUUAGGAUAUAGUUGCUUGCACCCAUCGUGAAUAUUUAUUUUACAUAAAAAGGAUUUAAUUUUAAUCAAAUACGCGCGCGCAGAUGAUUUAGAGGGUCGGUUCGCAUCCAGUGUAAUGAAAAUGCGUUAAAACGUCCUCAACAUCAGCAAAAUGCCACGUAUAGAUCCUCUAUUGUUACUCAAAUGUCUUAGCGUUUUAUUGGGCCCAACAGGAGGUAUUAAGAGUAGAGAAGAAGUUCAUCGAUUAGCUAAUUUAAUGACAAAAUUUUCUAAGAAGCUUGUUUCAAAAUGCAUUUAUAUACAAAUAUUGAAAACCACUAAUACGGAUUUGCUUAGUCAAUUUAUGAGCGCGGGAGGAUGGAAUCUUGUUCACACAUGGCUCACUGAUGGCAUUCUCGCCAAGAAUUGGGCUCUCAUUCAAGAACUUCUCGAACUUCUGCUGCUUUGUCCAAUAGAUAUUGAGCGAUUGAAGAGCAAUAAUUGCCCAAAAUUAAUCAAGGGUUUAUCAAAGGAAGGUAGUCACCAAGGUGUUCGGACAUUGGCUAGUCGACUUGUAGAGCAGUGGCUGAAAAUUGUAAAGGGAGAAGCGGCGCCGAAUUCGGUACCGGCUCAAAUCAUGACGGUUCCAGUACAAUCGAAUGUUACUAUUGGUCAAACUGCUACUUCAUCAUCACAACAACAGCAGCAACAGCAGGAGCAGCAACAGCAGCAGUACUCUGCGAACACUCCGCAAGCUGUAAAUAUCACUGAAACUGCCACCAUUCACAUACAGGACUUGAAACUCGAACAAUCUGCUGUAAAUAUUUCAAUAAAUCAGCAAGCAGAUUCAGAGAAGCAACAACAACUGCAGGAAAGGCUACAGCCGCAAACGGUGCAAAUUGUUGGCAAGGCACAACAAACGCAAGUACAACCGCAAAUAACACAACAACAAUGUAAAAAGCAAUCCUUUGUCGUUGUAUCGACGUCUUCAACGACAUCACUGCCCGUUUACAAAAUUACAAUUCGCGAUGGCAAUCAGGUUCUCGCAAAGGUAGAGACUGACGUCGCGAAUAUAAAUAACGCCUUAGAUACAACUAGUACGAGUACGGAUAGUGAACACGGUUCCUCAGACGUUAAGGAAGCGAAGGUAGAAUCGGAGGAGUUAGACGUGAAAGAAGAGAAUGGCAGUGCGACUAUCGAUCGAGACGAUGUAAUAGAUAUUGUACAAUCGGACGAUUCGGGACAUGUUCCUAGUGAAGUGAAACAAACUGUAGUUAGUUCAAAAGAUAAUGAGGAUACUGAAGGUGUUGAAAGCAAAGACAUUAAAGACUCUAAGGACAUUGUCAGUAGUGAUAGCGGUAAAUCUAGUGAUAAAGAAAAUAGGGACUCUCAUAAAAAAGACGAUAAAAAAUGUAGUACUAGUAGCUCCGAUAAGAAAAGUAGCGGCCAUCAUCAUGGCUCGUCUUCGUCUUCGUUAUCAUCGUCUAAAAGUUCUAAGCAUGGCACGAGUUCCAGUGCACAUCGCAGCAGUUCUACAUCCCAUAAAUCUAGUAGUCAUCGUUCCGGUUCUAGUAGUAGUAGUAGUAGUUCUAAAAACUCCAGCUCUAGCAAAGAUAGGUCUUCCAAGGAUAAACAUCACUCCAGCUCAUCUAGCAAGCAUAGCUCAAAUAGAAGUAAAUCGGAACGAGACAAGGAACGGGAUAAAGAGAAAGAGAAGCAGAAAAAAGAUCAAGCCGAAAAGGACAAGGCAACUCUGGAGAAGGUACAAGGACAAGCUUUGAGUUCUAAGAUGGGUAAAAUACCAAAGAAGCGUACGGAAGAUGAGAAAUCAGGCGAUGCAAGAAAGUCUUCAACAGAGUCGCGCGAUAGCUCAAAAGAAAAUAAAGAAAAGGCAGAUUUGAAGAAGGAUAUUAUUGCGACAAAGCAAAUUAUUACCGAAAAGAAGAAUAUAUCUAUUUCCAUUGAGAAUAGAAAAAGUAGCCAGGAUUCAGGGACGCGACCGAAGACGGUAAAGACGUUCAACUCUAAAUUCAGAUCUACGGGCCUAGAAGAAGAAGUAAAACCACCACCACCUAGAUCGAAGAAAGUGGCUCCUGUUGUUGAUAAGAAGAUUCUACCUCCGAAAUUACCCUUGAAGAGGCCAUCGCCAAUGAGAGACGUUCCACUGGCGGAGAGACGUAUGAAGGUAUCAUUGGAUUCACCAACAACUCCACCAAACGACGAGAAAAAGGGAGGAAUUAAGCUGAUUCCGCCAAAACCUAAACCGAUGAUGUUACAAGAAAGCGAUAUGUUUAUGGAUGCUCUCACUGCGUCUACCAAAAGUAAGGAACCGAGAAAGCGUAAACGGAGAGCUUCUAUCACGAAGGAUGGACCUUCAGAAAGUAAGAAACAAGAAAUUGUUAUUUCCGAUAAUUGUGACAGUACGCCACCACCUACUUCACCUUCAAAUGUCGAAGAGAAAUCGCCGGUCGCCCUUAAACCUAAUUUUAAGUUCUAUCAGGAUACGUUGGAAAUAGAAGAAGACAAAGAUCAAAGGGAAAGAGAAAGUGGCGAAGAAGAAUCGAAGAAGGAUAAAGAUCAGCUGCUUGAUGAAGAGAAAGACAAUAGAGACGAUGAUGAUAUUGGAAGUAACACACCGACACCCGAAGACGAUGUGGAAGAAAUCAAAGACGUAGAAUCACCAGAAGAUGUGUCUUCGAUAAUUUCGGAGUCGAUGAAGAAGGAUAAUUCCUUUCCCGAAAUACGAUAUGUAGAUGGACUUAAAAGCGUUCUAUUACUUCAAAAGCGUAAAGGGCCGAAAAAGGUUUUAAAGUGGAAGACAGAUCUAGAAUCUAUACGUUACUUCGAAUUGGACGAAACGGAAAGAGUUAACGUAACGAAGACAUUUACCGAUAUGAAACAGAUGGAAAAACAAAAUGAGAGGGAAGCAUUCCAGAUGGCUCGAAAAUUAAAUACUGAAGACUUAAUGGAGGAGAGAACAAGAUGGAAACCUUUAAUUCCGAUUGAUCUACCACCUCCGUUAGUGGAGCCUGGAAAGGAUAGCAAAGAGAAGGAUGUCCAAUAUGCUCGUGAAAAAGGCAUUCUUCAAGCCCUUUAUUUUAAUCGAAGCAUGAUUCCAGAUUCUGCGGCCGAACCCGAUGAAGAACGGCAUCAUGUGAUGACCGAUCCUAAAAUAAUACCGUUAGAAGAUCUCACGGGCAAUAAAGAGAGCGAGAAAGACUUCACAGCGGUACCAUGGCCAGAACCUAAGCCACAACCACCGCAACCGUCGACUGUAACGACGUUCCAUUAUCCGACAACGUAUCCGCACAAUCAACAAAGUAUGAUGACGGUUAUGGGACCUCAAUCGACAAUGGGCCCCAUGCCGCAAAUGCCACAACAGAUGAUGGCUCCUACGCACAUGGCGCCCAUGGCUCCGGAGAUGGCGGGACCGAUGCCAGCCACUGGUGGUGGCGGUUGGAGAACAGGCGAUGGCAAAGUCCUCGUGCCGGACGUUAGUAUAAAUCCGAUGACAAACAUGUCAGCUGGUUUUAAUCAGGGAAUGGAAGGUGCUCCCAUGGUACCACCGGGAAUGAUGGGACCACCACCCAUGUACAAUCAAGAAAAUUAUGGCAUGAUGUGCCCCGACGACAUGGGAUACAAUAACUUUCAAGGUCCGCCCGGACCGAUUUACGGUCCUGGACCUAACUUUCCAGGUCCAAGAGGCGCUCAUAUGCACAACAGAGGUAGAGGUGGUCCUGGUUGGGGAUAUCGUGGACCUGUUAGAGGCGGUUGGAGAGGUGUCGGCGGAGGUGGAUGGCGAGGAAGUGGAAAACAGCCACCGGUAUGUAGACAGUUCUCGAAAAACGGUUUUUGUCGAGUAGGUGAUAAAUGCCAAUAUCUUCAUCCCGGUGUAAACUGUCCGCCGUUUUAAAAGUGAAACUGAAAUAGUGAUACCAAUUAAAUUGGAUAUUAGUGAUUUAAUAUUGACUAUGUGAUAUUGAACGAAUGUCUUCAAUUGGAGGUACCCAAAAAGUGACGAAACAGAAGAGGAGUAGAAUUGGUAGCGUUUUAAUGAUAUAUUCAUAUUAUCGAUGAUUACCCAUGGGACUCAUAUCGAUGACGAUUCGUUUGGAGAGCAGAUUCAAAUGCGCGUGCAAACAAUGCGCAACGCGCAAUUCCCAAAGUGAUCAUAUAGUGAUUAAUGUGCAAUUUUUUAAAAAGAGGUCUCUGACUAUGCAUGAAUACUAUAAUAUUUCUAUUUGAUAAUACUCGAGCAUUCAAAAAUUAUGUAAAUAUAAUGAUAUUUCCAUGAAUGAUAUAAAGUUGUCACAGCAUUCGAUAUGAUCGAAUUGCAUGAAGGAACGAUACAUCCAUGAUCCUUCAUGUAUCCUUCCACCAUGAUUGAUUGCAAGCGCAUUGUAAAAUCGAAUCGUGACCAUACCAAAUUCAUAUCGGCUGCUGGACAGCAGAGCAUUUGAGAGAUUGUUAACGUAAUCCUUUUUUCGGUUCCUUUAAUUCUUACUA